AUGACAGCAGCCGGAGCAAAGGGAAAUACAUUGAAUCAGAACCUUCAGUUUCUCGGUGCCAGCGAUAUUGAUGAUUUAAAGUCCAAGUUCUUAAAUAUGGCUGCUGUUCUUGAGAGCAAUAUUAAUGGUGGCCCUGAUUUGAGUUUCGUUAAUGGAAUGUGGGUGGCUCAUACACAUAAACUGAGAGACUCUUUCAAACAAUUAGCCAAUACUCUCUAUAAAACUGAGCCUAAAGUUGUUGAUUUUAAACGCAAGGAAGAGGUGGUAGAAGAAGUUAACUUAUGGGCUAACAUUGCAUCAAAAGGCUUGAUCCCCGAAAUUCUAAAGCCCAACCACAUCAAUAAUAAAACAACAGUCCUUUUCGCCAAUGCCCUGUAUUUUAAAGGUACAUGGAACUUUGAUCAAGAACGCACCAUAGACAAAGACUUUUACCUACUCAACGGUGACAAAAUCUCAGUUCCCUUCAUGACUGGCUGCUACGAUUAUUCCUAUGGAUCAUUUGAAGGCUAUCAAGCUGCUAAAAUUCCAUAA